GGUUGGGGUGAGCUUGUAUUGUUUGGUUGUUAAAUGUUCGGACGUUUCGGACAUACAGCCGACAUAUUACUACUCAACUGAUUUUUAAUAAUAUCCAGGCGAACUGGAGCCUUUUUUUUUUUUUUGGUUUUGAAUCGAGACAGGGAAGUUGUUGAAAUAGAUGUAGUCUGUUUUUCCACUACUUUUUUAGUUUUGUUAUUUUUAGUUUUCGUUGUACUUCAUUGAGUUACAGAUUUAUCAACAGUUUUUCUGUUGUGCAGUUUAGAAAUGGAGCCAAGGAGAACUAGGAGCUCCAUUAUUCAUCUGCCUUUAAGGUCUCGUGUAACUACUAGGAUGGUGAAAUCUACAUGUGUUCCUUCACACGAAUUGGCUAAAUUAAAGGCUUCAAAACCAAUGUUGGUGAUUCCGCAACCUGUAUUAAGGAUUCACAAGUGCCUUGAUGAAAAUGUCAGAAUGGCUCAAAUUGAGUCUAAUGCCUAUAUUGCAUUGGGAAUUAAAGAAGAGCCAAUCGAUGAAGAAUAUGAUGCUGAAGGAAGACAUUAUGAAGAUGUGAAUUUUUCCACAUUAGAGAGCUUUAAUACUGAAAAGUCUUUUGCUGAAGAUAAUCAGUUGGAAGAAACUGAGUUUGAAGGAAUGAGAGCCACAAGAGCCUCAAAAAGAAGAAGAUUGGAAGGUGUAAUUGGAAACAAUGAAGAUGACAACAAUAACAGAAACAAGAAAAAUAAUAGAAGAAAAACAGUGAAAGGAAAAAAAGGUGAAGAAAACCCAGAGUUCCGUCCAAUUGUAUUGAACGUUCGGUCGCUAGCACCUACUGAACCAAGUUCUGAGCCUUCCGGUUAUACAAAUCCAUCAAGUUUUUUAUUGGUGCAAUCUAAAGAAUCUGUUGCCGAAGCUAUUGAAGGCAAUAAUAAUAUCGAGAAAGAAAUCUUCACGUCUUCCAAAAAUGAUGAACAAAACAAACUGAAGGAAAACCAUGAGGAUGUUCCCGCGCUACCAGAAAACUGGUCAUCGUCUGAAAUUUUAGUUAUCAAUGAUAGCGAUGGCAUGAAAACCCUAUUAGAUGUUAUUGAAAAAUCUGUUAAAGUGUCUUCUAACGAUUCUACUCCUGAACGUGAAACUGUGUCCUCACCGGUCUUACCCGAAGAUGCAUUGAAUGAAACAGAGAACGAUUUGUCUUUGUCGACAAUUGUUGAAGAGGAAGAAUUGACUUCGUCAUCUGAAGAGGAAUCUGAGACAGAAAAUACUCCUAAGCUGUGGGUCCUUAAGGAAGAAGAAAGGCGUACCUUGACUUGCAGCGUCUGUAAAAAAAAGUGUUCCCGCACUUCGAUAUUGACAGCCCACAAGAAGAAGCAUUUCGAUACCAACACUUACUUUUGUACGCAUUGCAACAAAACUUUCAGUAGCGAGAGUAGCUACAAGCACCAUAUCGCGUACUCCGGAUUGGCACCAUUCAAGUGCGAUCAGUGUCACAAGAGCUAUUAUACAGAACAGAAGGCUGAGGCUCAUCGCGCUCAGUGUCAAGGUAAAAACACAGAACGCAAAUUUCAUUGUGAGGAAUGUGGAAGAUCUUACGUGAUGCUGUGCAGCCUAAGGACUCACAUCCGCGAACGUCACUCGGACUUUAAACCGGUCAAAAACUUGUGUUGCGAAAUAUGUGGCAAGCGAUUUCGUCACAAGAAAUAUCUCGAGUUGCAUAUGUACAGCCAUAGCUCUGAGAAGAAGUUCGAAUGCGAUGUAUGCCAUCGAAAGUACAAAUCGAGCGAUAUACUGCGUCAUCAUGUACGUAUGGUGCAUAAAAACCUACCCCGAGUAACAUGUGACAUUUGUCACAAGGAGGUGAGCCGCGUUUCACUCAAGGCCCACAUUAAUCGGCAUCGAGAGAAGAAGGAAGAAGAAGAAAGUGCUCGCCAUCUACUCAGCCUUAGCCUUACGGCCGAUGGCAAUGCACCCUCUUGUCGGGUGUGUGCCAAGUACUUUGAAAGUGAAAAACUUCUCGAGAUGCACGCCUGCGAAGGGCAGAAGGCUGGUACUUCUUUUCCAUGUCACCACUGUAGCGAAUCAUUUCCUUCGGCUACAGAACUGGUAGGACACAGCUGCAAAGGGCUUGAUAAUUCAAAGUCGAGAAAUACCGCAAAAAUCUACAAGUGUAUUUUCUGCAAUCGGGAGUACGGGUGUCAUACGCCAUGGCUGUAUCACGUGCGUCAUCACACGAACGACAAGCCUUAUCCUUGCCCAGAAUGCGAUAAAUCCUUUCGUCUAAAACAGGGAUUGAAGGUGCACAUGAGGAACCAUACGGGCGAAAAGCCUUUCAAGUGUGAUCAAUGCCCGGCUGCUUUCAAACAGAAACCGUUCUUGUUGGAUCACAUGAACACUCAUACAGGGAACAAACCGUAUCAAUGCCAAAAGUGCCUUGCCCGCUUUUCUGUACGCUCUGCCUUGUCUACCCAUAAACGAAUUCAUCGUCGAGAAAUGAAGCGCAAUUCCGAACUUGAAGCGGCUUCUUCAUCCUAAAUUCCAGGCAUUCAUUCCGAUUACGCAUUUACUUACGGGACCAAUUCUCUUCCGUUGUUUGAGAUUUACAAAAUGACUUAUUAUUAAUGCUUAACAAGUUUCUUGUUCUACAUAUUGAGUGCCUUUGUCGAUCUACCUUUUUUGGUAGAUCAUCAUUUUACCUUUUACUUCCACCACCCGCACAAUUGUUAGUUUUAGCCUCUUCACAAUCGGAUAUUUUCGUAGGUUUGUAUAAUAAACCAUUAGGACGCCUCA